AAUCUAUGUUUCUUUGGUUUUGUGUGUUGAAAAUUCAUCAUGAAACCUUCGUUUAUUUGAGAUUUGUUAGUUUACGACUUUCGGUGGUAGAUAUUUGAUUCUGAGGUCUGGUUCUUGAAAUAUCUGCUUAUUUAUUGGCAUGGUAAUGGUUGAAAAUUCGUCAUGAAACCUUCGUUUAUUUGAGAUUUGUUAGUUUACGACUUUCGGUGGUGGAUAUUUGAUUCUGAGGUCUGGUUCUUGAAAUAUCUGCUUAUUUAUUGGCAUGGAGUUUGCCCGCGAUGAGGUCGCAUGGCUUGAUUCUGUUGGCGAUUGUAUUGGCCUUAUAUUGCUGUUCCACAACGGGGCACAACGGAGAACAGCCCCUUUCAAAAAUUGCCAUCCGUAAGACUACAUUGGCUACGACUGUCUCAGCUCGUAUCAGAGCCUCUCCCUUGGUACUUGGGCUGCAGGGUCAAACUAGUGAGUGGGUAACUGUGAAAUUCAGCCACCCAAAUCCAUCAAACGAUGAUUGGGUAGGGGUUUUCUCUCCUGCAAAUUUCAGUGCAACAACAUGUGAGAAAGAAAAUUUUAGAGAAUAUGAGCCUCUACUAUGUACAGCCCCCAUUAAGUAUCAGUAUGCAAAUUAUAAAAAUGACGACUACAACAAAACUGGAAGGGGAUCUCUGAAGCUUCAAUUGAUCAAUCAAAGAGCAGAUUUUUCUUUUGUACUGUUCUCUGGUGGUAUUUCAAAUCCCAAGCUUGUCGCAGUCUCUAACACCAUUAGUUUUGCCAAUCCGAAGGCCCCUGUUUACCCUCGUCUGGCUCAAGGAAAAUCCUGGAACGAGAUGGCUGUUACUUGGACAAGUGGAUAUAGUACAGAAGAGGCAGUACCUUUUGUUGAGUGGGGUGAACUAGGAGGACCCCAAAUACGUUCAGCGGCUGGGACUUUAACCUUCAGUAGAGCCCACAUGUGUGAUUCACCUGCACGAACUGUGGGAUGGCGUGAUCCUGGUUUCAUCCACACAAGUUUUCUGAAGGACUUGUGGCCUAAUUUAUUGUAUACCUACAAGCUUGGUCAUAGAUUGUACAAUGGCUCUUAUAUAUGGAGUCAGUCAUACACCUUCAGAGCAUCUCCUUACCCUGGACAAGAUUCUUUACAGCGUGUUGUCAUUUUUGGUGAUAUGGGAAAGGCAGAGGCAGACGGUUCCAACGAGUAUAACAAUUACCAGCCAGGCUCACUUAAUACUACAUACCAGCUUAUCAAGGACUUAAAGAAUAUUGACAUAGUUUUCCAUAUUGGGGACCUAUCUUAUGCAAAUGGUUAUCUGUCACAAUGGGAUCAAUUUACGGCACAAGUGGAACCAAUUGCUUCAACUGUGCCUUAUAUGGUCGGAAGUGGUAACCACGAACGAGAUUGGCCUGGGACUGGAUCCUUCUACGCCAAUAUGGAUUCUGGUGGAGAAUGUGGAGUUUUAGCAGAAACAAUGUUUUAUGUUCCUGCUGAAAAUAGGCAAAAGUUCUGGUACAAAACAGAUUUUGGCAUGUUCCGCUUCUGUAUAGUUGAUACUGAGCAUGAUUGGAGACCGGGAACAGAACAAUAUAAAUUUAUUGAGCACUGUCUGUCAACAGCAGACAGGGAAAAACAGCCAUGGCUGAUCUUUCUCGCACAUAGGGUGCUUGGUUAUUCUUCUGGUGAAUUUUAUGGUAUUGAAGGAACCUUCGAGGAGCCAAUGGGGAGAGACAGCCUUCAAGAACUCUGGCAAAAGUAUAAGGUUGACAUUGCCUUGUAUGGUCAUGUCCAUAACUAUGAGAGAACAUGCCCAAUUUACCAGAGUACAUGUGUCCGUGAAGCUGCACACCAUUACACGGGUCCCUUUGAAGCAACCACCCAUGUUGUUGUUGGAGGUGGAGGUUCCGGCCUUGCUAAAUUUACCCCUCUCCGGACUAGAUGGAGUUACUAUCAAGACUAUGACUUCGGGUUUGUGAAAUUGACCGCUUUCAACCAGUCGACGCUGUUGCUCGAGUACAAGAAAAGCAGAGAUGGUUUGGUGUAUGAUUACUUCACAAUAACACGUGAUUAUCGUGACAUAUUGGAUUGCGCUGUGGACAGCUGUUCAAAGACAUCCAUGUCUAGUUGAGCAGGCCCCUUGAUUGCACUAGUAUAUUGAAGGUUGUUGACAAUAUCUGUAUAUGAGGUGAAGCAAAUGAAUGAUUAUAGAGGAGCAUCCUGUGUAUUAAUGUCAUAUAUUGACUACCAGGCAAAACUUGGAUGAUCCAAGAAUACCUCAUUGUUUAAAUGAUUUAAUUUGUAUAUGAAGCUGGAAACUGUUAUUAAUGAGAUUGUAUCUAUGGAAAUAUCUGCUUUGUGAUUCC